GGCCUCCUGCAGCUGCGACGGGGACCGAGGAGUAGACUGCUCCGGGCGGGGGCUGGCCGCCGUGCCGCCGGGGCUCAGCGCCUUCACGCAGGCUCUGUGAGUGGGGAGCGGAGGGGGGCAGGUGGGAGCGCGGCGCGGUGUGAGGUUUCCAGUGUUGGAGGUGGGGAACUGGAGCUGCGGCUUGGAGAUCGUGGGCUGCGCUGGGUGUGAUGGCUCCCCCGCUGUUGGGCUGUCUCGUAAAAUGGAAUCGGUGCGUCCUCGCUGCCCGAUGUGUGCGCGUUCGAAGAACCAACACACGUCGCAGAUUAGGCUACCAAAGAGUUUCAGCUUGUAUUGCCGUGCAGGUCAGCUCUCAGAGGGCUUGUGCGUGAUUGGAACCCGAGCAGGCGCUCUCCAGCUGUCUCAUGCUGUAGUGAUCGUAAAGGAUGCUGUUGGUCACUUUUUGUUUGCUUUUUUUUGUUGUUGUUGUUGUUGUUCUUCUUAUUAUUUACAGCACAAAAGCUGGGUGCCUUCGCGAUAAUUCUGUGCUUGAAUGGGACUCUUGUAGUAAGGCCACUGGAAGUUCAGGAUAUGCAAGCAAUAGGAAGCUCAUUUCCGAACCUGCUCUGACUGCACCAGGAGAGCUGGGCGAGCGUGUGCUGUGCGAAGAAAGAAAUAAAAUCAAAUCACUCCCUCCAGCUGACGUGUCUGUGUCAUGGCAAAGCGUCUUAGCGAUGUGCAGAGAAGAAAGCUUUUUGUGCUCUGUGUCAGGCAGCACGGUGAUGCUACGAAAUCCCCUUAGUGCUGCUAUGGGGCUUGUUGCAAUUACAACCAUGGCACCAGGGUCUGUAGCACAAAGAUGGCUCAGAACAGGUUGGCAAACAGUGUUCUGUGGUAAUAGAGUAAAAUAUAUGGCUGUAUUUUGGCAUUGGCAACUGAGAGCUGUUGCUGAGAGGCAGCAUGUUGAGAGGUAUUGUAUCAGAGCAGCAGCUCUUUACUUUUAAAUCAGGAGAGAUAGAGCUUUAAUCGAGAGGUGAAGGCUUGCUCACAAAUGCAGGCAUGUUAGCGAAGGGAUUUUGGAAGAUACAGAGGUGUGGCAGCACUGUAUCUGAGUUGUCUGAAGGUCUGGAGAGGAUGGGCUGGAUGGAGGAAUGUGGAGGGAGACGGGAGGACACGACCAGGGGUAAUGAGCUGAUGCUUCUGUUGUGGGCGGCCAUUUGUUCCGUAUAAUUUAGGUAGGUGUUUAUGUAACUCUUAAUUACCAGCUGCCCUGCUUUCUGUUUAUGAAGGUUGUGAUUCUGCUUUGUUGCAAUGUAACUGUCACCGAGUGAGCUGAUAUGCCUGGGCGAUAAUGCUGAGGUGGUGGUGGUGGUUUGGCUUUUGUAGUCAGCGCAGCACAUUGCUGAGCCUUGCUCUGACACUUCAUGUGCCGUGUGCUAGAAAGCAUUCAUGUUCAUGGAAAGAAGUCACGGUGGGGCAUGCUCAAGGUGCUGCUUUGAGAACUGGAAUUCUAGUCCGGGGCUUAAUGCUAGUGUGAGUGUUCUGCAGGAGAUAGAAAGCAGGUAGUUCUGGCUAAUGGCUUCAGGGACAUCUGAAAUGGGCCUGGCUGUUUCCAGGGGCAUGCAGGACAACCAUCUGUACCACAGUCCUUUAGUGAACUAACCCCACAGUUGCUACUUGCUUUUGUUUUAAAUGCUCCAGUUUUACUGUCUGUGUUCCAGUGUUGCCUUCUUCCAUUGCCUCCCCAAACUCUGGAUCUCAUUUACCCAGUUUUCCCACAGAGAUGGGUGUUAAGGAUAAAGCAGCCCUCUUGUCUGCUGGUCUCUAUAACUUAUGUACCCUACAGUCGGGUGUGGGUUACACUAGAGCUUCAUGAAAUGAAGAUGUCACAAUGAGGAAGGAUCCUAUUUGACCCCAUUGUCAUGCAGGUUGUUCCAGCAGCUGCAGAGAGCCAAUUGUCUUCUUUUCAGCUCACAGGCAGUGCAGAAGUACCUCCCCUGUCUUGCAUUUGAGUUAAUUUCCUGCUGUGUUUAUGUAUAAAUGGCAAAAUUAUAUGGUACUGUUUGGAUUCAGCAGAGUGCGCGUUUCUCUCUCUCUCUCUCUCUCUCUCUCUCUCUCUCUCUUUCUCUUUCUUUUUGUGUCCUGUGGCACUUUUAUUUCCAGAAUGGUACUGAAAUGCAGUUGGGUAGAUAUCAGCUGUCUUCCUCUAACCAGGUACCCAUGCUUCACAUCCCCUGGCAUCCAGUCUGCACAGCAAGAACCUGGUGGAGGCUCAGGGGAUGCCAUCUAGCAGAGCUGUUAUGGUGAGAAGAAAGGAUGUCCAGACACAGCAAAAUGUGUCUGCAAAAUGUAGCUUAAUUGCUGUCCUCUUGAGAUAGGGAGGCCUUAUCUAAUGAGAGGUUUGAAGGUUUUACAGUUACUCUGUUUAGUUUUUCACUUGCGUGUGUAAUAUACCAGUGAUACUCUGGCAAGUAAUAAAAAGCUUAUUCUGUCUUCCAGAACCAGGGAAUGGAGCUGACCUGUUCCUCGUUUGUAAAGGGCUGUAGACAGCCCUCUGUCUCUCCCCUGGGUGUCCCUCUGGCCCUGGUGCUGUUAGGCCCCUGGUUUGCUGGGAACCCUUCUGUGGAAUUCAUUGCUGUUUCAAAGCUUGCUAUGUAUUUUUAUCCUUUGAAUGUUUUCUAUUGGCAGCAAACUUGAUGUUUGGCUGCUACCUCUCUUUUCCUUUUCUUCCUCCCAGAAUAAGGCCCAGUGCCCCACCGUAACACAUGAUUUGUUAGGUACUUGGCAUUUAUUUUGCAUAUUGAGGUCGCGUAUAUCAGCAAUAUGUCAUUUCUUGUUGGGUCCUUACUGGCAGGAGCUCGUAAAUGUGACUUGGGGAACAGAUACUGAGAUAAGUCUCUGGCGUGGAAAAAAAAAAUUGGACUUCAGUGCAAGCAGGUUUGUGCUGGUAAAUAAUUAGCUCUGCAGUUCUUGAGAGGAAUUCGCUGGUAACUCUCCGCCUGAGAUGGAAAAUAUGGAAGCCGUAGUAGAAGGGCUCAAAAACAAAACAAAACCCAAAGAAACUUCCUCCAAAUGGAUCUUAAUUUGUUUUGUAUUGUACAUCUAAGCCAGCAAUUUUUGCAGGACACAAGCUCUUAUUUGCCUAGAGAAAAUUACUGGCCUGGAUUUCAGAAGGGCUGAGCACCCACCCUCCUUUCAGAGGGAAUGGAAGCUCAAUGAGGGUCUCCCCACAUCUGCUUGUGCUCUUUCCUCCUCUCCACCGCCCUGGUGCUCAUUCCUAAAGCUCAUCCUCAUGUUGGGAAUGGGCAUGAGCCCAUGUGGUGUUUAUGGUCUGGAGAAUUUGCAAACAGCUCAGGUUUGCCUGCUGCUUGUUUUGCAAAUAAGCAAGGCAACAAGGUGGCUGCUGGCUGGUUAGCCUUAGCGUUGCUCCGUCAGGCGGAUUGGGUUUUGGACUGCAGCUUGGUGGUUUUGGGGGUCUUUGGCAUGACAGAAGGUCCAAAACAGCUGGGGGAAGAACUGGAGAAAUCUGUGUCAUCAUAGAAAUAGGUGACAGAGGUGGGAGAAGAUAGGCAGGAUAGGGUAAGACAGGAGAAGAAACUAUCCCUACAUGGAAAAAAGAAAUCCCUCAGUUCAGGCGCUGAGGAUUUAGACAUUAGGAGACCCAUGUAAACAGAGCUUUCAGCAGCAUUUCCCACAUUAGAGGUGCUGGCUGUCCUCCCUACGUGGUUGGCUCACCAUCUGCUGCAGCACUGACCCAGGAUUUUGCUAUAGGGAAAUUCUCUUGGGUAGUUUUUCGUACCUGCCUUUCAAGUACUGCUGCAGUUUUUUUGAUAAGAUAUUCUCCAACUGUGGUCUGAACAGAGAUUUCUGGUUGUGUGAUACUGUUUUUUUGCUGUUUCUCACCCCUAUAGAUCCCUUUUUGAAAUGUGGCUGCGGUUGUUAGCCUUCCCUUUGUAACCCAGAGGCAGCCAGCAGUGGUGGGCACAGAACUGGGUGCAGCCGUGGACAUCAUGGUAGUUUGGUCAGGGUUGGGGGUGCCCCAUCCCUGGAGAUGGCCAAGGGCAGGCUGGCUGGGGCUGUGAGCACCUGCUGGAGCUGUGGGUAUCUGUGCAUUGUAGGGGAGUCAGGCUAGGUGACCUAUAAAGGUCCCUUCCAACUCAAACAAUUUUGUGAUCAAAUCGGGAGCAUCUACCAUGUGUUGGUGCCUGGAAAGUGUAAUUAAAUCAUGCAGAAAUGGCAUGUGAUCUACCUGGCAAAAGAGCUGACCUUGUUUUUAAAAGUGCUGAGUUACUGCUGCUGUCAGUGCCUUGUGCUGAAGUAGAAAGUUUACAGUAUUUUCAGAUCUUACAUCAUGUCUUUGAAAAUUUGUAACCAAAAUAGCAGAAUGCAUUUUAUUUUGCUGUUGAGCGAUUUGACUGUUACAGGACUGUGACAAGGUCAGAGCUUCCCGGAAACAUAUUGAGGUGGCUGAGAGAUCAAAGUGCAAAAAAAAAAAAAAAAAAUCUGGAUUUUGGCUUCAUCCUGAAUUUAGCAGCACAUUCUGCAUGGAGUUAAUCAAGUUGCGCUGUUUGUCAUAUUUGUCUCUUACAACCAUGAUCUCAUACAUAAUGGGCAAGAAACUGCAAUACAUUUGUCCCUAUAGAAGGAGGUUUCUUUUGUUUCUCAGGUGAUGCCAGUUGGAAGCAGAGCUAGGUGUUUGUUGGUAUGACGCAAGAUCAUUCCUACAAGGCAUUAUCAGCUCUGUUGUUGAAAUGGAAUCCUCAGUGUACCAACAGGCUUUGUUGUUGUUCAAAUCUAAUAUCGAUAAUUACACAUUUAAUUAAAUCUCUUGCUUUAAAAUACUGAAGAUGAUUUGGGGAUUAAAAAAAAAGAACCCAAACUAUUAUGAAACAUAAGAAACUCUUUAAAACUCCGAAUCUAAUUCCCAUAAGCCCUGCAUUAAGAAUGCAGGAGGAGCCUCAAACCGCUUAUAUGUAGUCUACAGAAGCUGUACAGAAGAUGCUGCCUCCUGGUAAGGAAAGGAGUGCUAAUUCUUUUCCUUGAGGAAAAAAAUGGAAAGACUUUGUGAAGUUGUGAAGAGUGCCCUGAAAAAUCAGGCCCUUGCAGUGAACAGCUGUGCUCUCAGCAUUUUCUUAUUCAAAUAUGAUGACUUUUUUUAAGCACUGUACCUCCUUUUCUCUCCCCCAACCAAUCCUGGAGGAGUGCUGAGUCUCACAUGGACUAUCUUCACUCCAAAAGCUUGGAGAAAAUGUGUUUGGACUUCUAAAUGGUGCACAAUUAACAAUGAAUCAUAAAUGGAUGUGCAAUUUCUGAAGUAUGCAGGGGAGGCCUAAACCUGUUUAAUUUGGCUUAAUGAUGCUGCAAACACGGUCAUGCAUUUUAUAACCUUGUCCUGUUAAAAUGUGUUUUUUUGGGGAGUUUUCCCAUUACCUUCUUGACAUGCACACAGUUGCACAUGAAUAGCUUGCCCCAGAGCCUCAGCAGGGAGAGCAGCAUGGCUGUGUUUUCAUUAGGCCUGUUACUACAAGGAAAACAUAUGGGAUGUUUCAGUCCUGUCUUUGCAGGCGGCAUACAGGGUCUGCUUGGCACAGCUGCUGCGUCCAGCCUUCACUGGGCUCGCUUGUGUUAUAAAAGCUUGGAAGGAGCUAUCUUUUUCAUAGAAUCAUCAUGUGGCUUAUAGUUGGAAAGGACCUUAAAGAUCAUGGAGCUCCAAUCUGCCUACCAUGGGCUGGCCGCCCCCAGUUCAGGGUGCCCAGAGCUCCAUCCACCUGGCAUUGGGCGCCUCCAGGGCUUGGGCACCCACAGCUUCUGGGCAGCAGUGCCAGGGCUUCAGCACCCUGUGUGAAUUCAGCACCCUGAGUGAGGAAUUUCUGCCCAGCAUCUAACCUCAACCUCCCCUCCUGUAGUUUAAAGCCAUUUCCCCUUGUCCUGUCACUAUCAGACCAUGUAAAAUGAUUCUUUGAUUCUAACUGGAACACUUGGGUUUAAGAAGUGGGGAAAAAAAGAAAGAAGUAAAAUGGAUUUGCUAAUAUUGACCAAACUGUUAAUAUUUUACAGAACUGGUGUGACUCUUGCUAGGUGUAGAAAAUCCAUGUCUUUUCCAAGGGCAAAUCUGCUGGCGCUGUGCUGAGUGUUUAGUAGAGACUAAAUUUCUUGAAUACCCAGCGUCAAGUGAUGAUCUAUUCAGAACUGACUUACUCUUGCUUGAAAUCUCUAUUCCAGAAGUUUUAAGGAGUUUAUUUACGUGAUUGUUUGUUUUUUACCAUCUUUCCCACAAAACCCCGGUCUCCAGGCCAGAAAUGUACAGUUAAGAAUUUUAAGCAGGGUUUUGAGGAUAAUAAACAGCAGUCGUUCAUGGCUUCAACCUCUGCAAUUGCACAGCAAAGCCGAUGUUUCCUGUUUAGAAUCUCUCCUGAGUAAUCGUGCCAGUAAACUAAAUCUGAAGUGUGUUUGAAAGAGAAGACUGUUGUUUAAACAACGGUGUGUCAGAAAUCCUGCUUGAGAGUAGGACUGCCUGUACUGCUGCUGUCCAUUCACAGAAGACAAUUUUUUGUGUCCUGAUAACUAACCACAGGGAUGGGAGAAAUACCAUAACACAUGUUGGGUUGAUGCAUAUAUCUAAAUACUCUGGAUUUUUGUCUACCCAAGUUCAUCCCACAGUUCCUUCAGGCAAAGCGCAUCACUGAGUCUCAGUUGAUUUGGUGCCAUCAGCAAUGGAAAAUAAAUGAUAACAGGAACAUCAAAAAUAUCCUCCUUAAUGCCAUUAUUUGCGGCUGUGAGGAUUCAGUGUCCUGUCAGUGUCUGCGGGAUGUCAUGUGCAAGUACCAAAGUAAUCACCAAGUUAAGAAAUUCUACCUUAGCAGGGCAAUGUGAAAUCAUCUUCCUCCGUGAGCUUCAGUUACGCCCAUGGAGAGCACCCAGUUAGGAAUGUCUACACGCUGCUCUCCCCAGCAUGGAGUUCCCUGUUUGUUGAGAGUGCAGCUGUACAUUGAGCUUUUUACUACUCCAAGGUUGUAAGAAAUAUUGGUUGUGACAGAAAGUGGGUAUGUGCUUGCCUGCAUGGAUCUCUUGAAUUGUAAGCAUCUAACGUUUACUUUCCAAACUCUAGGUGCCUUUUUAAAAUAAGAGUUGGUGCCUUUUUCCCCUUGUCCUGUUACUGUUGUGGUGUUCAGGGUUAUGUGCAUUCUCCAGCUUGCUUGUCUUCAACAGGUAUGAGCUGAAUAUGAAUUUCCCUAUCGCUCCCCAAACUGUGAAGGAGUACGUGCUCCAUAUGUGCUUUAUGUUUUAAAAGCACUUAGUGCCUAGGUUUUUUUUCCAAGAAUGUAUAUAGGUCAUCCAAGAAGCUUCAGCAAGUAAUAACUGAGUGUUUGUGCAAUUAAAAAGGCAAACAAAUGCUCUUCUGGUGCUGCCUUGCCAGCAACAAGGCAUUGCUUGUGCCUUAGAAAGGCUCUCUGCCCUGAGUACUCAACUUGCGUAGAAGGAGAUUCUAUUGCUGCUUCACCAUCUUCUCAGGUUGUGCAAAUGACUUUCCUUGGGUUUUUGCACAACAGCCCAAGGCUUCUGAGGAAGGGCUAGACAAGUAGCUCACCUCACUUGUUUCCUUUUGUUACAGCCAUUUGAACAAGAUGGUUUCCUCUACGUAAUGGUGGAAGCACAAUGAGCACCUCAACUGUUGAAAAUCUCAGGCGUAUUUUAAGCAUUUUUUUAACUUUUGAAAAGAUGCUAUCUGUGGAGAGAUUAAUGAGCAAUAAGUAAACUAUGUUGGAUCUGGGCUUCCAGAAUGCAGUUUAACUGCUCUAGGUUUCGGCACACUCAUUUAAUUACUAGGUUACUGCAUGUUUUCUCUGGGGGGUGGGAGUGUGUGUGUGUGUGUGUGAGAGAGAGAGAGUGAGUGUCUAGGGGAAGCGUAUCCGUUUAUACAAAGAGUAUGCAGUUUGGGGAUGCCAUGUUUGUGUUGCCUAAACAAUCUUGCUGCCUUAAUUUCCCUUCAAGAAAAUUGUAGAUAGGUCUUACUAUCGUUUACACUUGAUUACUUCAGUGUUAACUUCCCCUAUGUAAUUUAAUAUGCAUAAACUUAAUUAUUCUUUUCUGGCCUAGGGAGAGAUUUCCUUCCAAUAAUUACCUUCGCUGCCCUUUACCCUUCUGCAGGUUAGUCUGUUUGGAGAGACAGCGUUGCUCAGUAAGCAAUUCCAAACACAACAGUGCCUGAAGCUGUCCUGGAAACUUAAUUUAUACCUUUUACAUUUCAUGUUAAGCUUCAGAUCACUGAAACACAACUGCUAGGUGUAUAGAGCUACUCAAUAUCUCACUUAAAUAAAGGCAGUAGGUACUUACCAGAAAAGCACUGGUUUGCACCUCAUUCUUGUGCUGUAUGUGAGGUGAUUCAGGUAAAAAGGAAAUAUAAAUUAGCAAAUAACUUCCAUUAAUUCAGCCAUUUCUUUUUACAAGCAACUGCUGUUUAGUCAUAUACUAUUUGAAUGUCAAAAGAGCAUGACUCCAUAUGAGAUGAAUGUGAUGCAAUAUUGCCAGACUGAUUGCUCCUGUGAUAGCAAAGAAAUACAUAUUUAAUUUGGUGGAAAUUUCUCAGGAUUACAUCUUUCUAAUUGUUAAUUAUUGGAUAAUUUCUUCCUUAAAAUCUUUUUAUUUUAAGGCAGUAGUAGUUAGGGAAGAAUCAUUUAGGUAGGCGGGAAGUGCAGAAUUCUAACAGCUUUGUCUUCUGCAACUUGUACAGCAUACAGAUUAAUACAAAAUAUAUCACUUGAUAUAUCAAAAGGAUGGGGAUGCUGCCUUCUAUGCCAUGUAACUGUACAUAACUGUUUUGUGAUAAAAAGUUCAGUUUGUGUUGGACCUCUGGGAUAUAUCAUGCCUGUAUUAAGAUAAGAUAGUUAUUUAACUCGACUAUUAAUGGCAGAGCAAAUGUGUUUAUAAAAUGGACUAUCUUCAUUUAUGUGGAAAAGAUCAAGUGCUUUGAAUGUGACAAAGUUGUGUAUGACUUUGCAUUAAACUGCCUUUGUUAUAUCCUGAUGGUUGUUUACAACCAAGCAAAACCAGAGGGAUCAUAUUGGAAAAGUUUUCUCACAUUUUAUUUUAAGGUUAUUUUGUAAAGUUUUAGUUUCUAGUCAUUUGCAGGAUUACUCGGCCCUCCACUAUGAGUUAAAAUACUGCAUAUGCCUUAUACUUGUAAGAUUUCGUGUUGACUCUAAAAUGAGUUGGUGCUUGUGUCCACCUUGUAUCCAUUAGAAUCCUGCCUUCCCAGCAACGUACCUUCAUCAGAACAUAAUUCUCAUUGAUCAGUUGGGCUUGAGGUAAGAACUAGAGUGCGUUUCCUUGCUCAUUUGCCAUCUAUGGUGAGGUAAAAACAUAUCCAUGUUUUUUUGUGGAGUUAGCCGUGGAGACAGAAUCACAAGUGCAGUUUUCUUGUUGGGAUUCAUCUGUAAAAUGCAUGCUGCCAGGAGGACACACACCCAGGCAGGCUGGAAAUGCAGGUAGAUCAUUUAGAUUGCAUUCUGUGGGUCUUCUGCUUUUCCAUCACAAGUGCAUUAGAUGUGUUUAUAUAAAGAAUUGAUCCCAUGUACAUGAUUAAACUUGACAAGCCUUAAUCUCUAUUGCCAAGAGUGUGGGCUAGAUAGUUCAUGUGGUAGGUCUUUUUUUUUUCAUGUAAAUACUUGUGAUGUUGGAUUUGCAUUAAGCAUGCUGUUUUUCUCUUGAUAGUCUAGUGGUAAAAAUCUACUUAGGUUUAAAUAGUGUAGUCAUGUGAGUGCUGAAGAAACCGAAGAAAGAACUUGAACUUUUCAAUAAAAUUACUCCUAAUAUAAGUGCUUCUUUGAUCUCAUUUGUCUAUAGUAGUGAGCAAUAGGUAUCAGAUUUAAUUUUGUCAGAGAGUUUCUGUGAAAGAUUUCAUUCAAAUUUAUGAAUUCUCUUUUGAGGAACUAGAAAACACACUAACUGUUCUUACUUCCUUAUAUUCUUGUGUCAGCAGUGGUAAGCGUUAUUAUCUUUGGUUCAUAUCAGGGGAGAAUCCAGAAGGCCAGAGCUUUACUGCUGAAUUUGGUUAGCACAAGUAUUCAGUCUGGGCUGUGACUCCUAACCAAGUGAGCUGAGCUGGCAAGCUGCACUGAUGUGCAGACAUUGUUCCAGCAGGAUACCUUGUGUGCUGAUGCAGCUCGUUCUGCUGGGAACGCGGGCACUGAGGAGCGGUCCUCCACCAGCCUGUGCAGCCACUGUGCUGGCAAAGCAGGCUGUGUUAUGUUUUUAGGCUUUGAUUGUGUAGGUAGUGAGAGUCAUCAGUGUUGGGUGCUGGGCCAUGCACUAGUGAGAGGCAGGUUUUCUCUGUGUGGCCAGUUCUUGGGGCUUUUUUGGGCAUGGGAGGGAGGAGUUGAGUCUUGUUUUGCUUUUUUACAAUAUAUUACAACAGUGGCAUUUGUUACUUCCAGUGUAACUUGGGUUCUCUUGUGAUAGGACAAGGGAAAAUGGUUUCAAAAUUAAAGGGGAGAUUUUGAUUGGACAUAAGGUUUUUUGUUGUUUUUUUUUUGUUGUUGUUGUUUUGUUUUGUUUUUUUACAGUAGAGGGUGGUGAAAUACUGGUACAGGUUGCCCAGAGAAGUGGUGGACACCCUGUCCUUGGAGACAUGCAGUGUCAGGCUUGACGGAGCUCUGAGCACCUUAUGGAGCUGUAGGCAUCCCUGUUUGUUGCAGGGAAGUUGGGCCAGAUGGCCUUUAAGGGUUCCUUCUAACUCAAACGACUGUAUGAUUCCGUGUGGUUUGGGAGUUUGUUUUGAAGCGUCUUUUGUCAGGUGCUCUCGUUGGGAUAUUUGUAUUGGCACGGUGUGAGUUUGGAUUGUAUCUAAUAACACCAUACGCACUUAGGAUGACGCUUUAUGUUCAUUUCUGAAAUUUAAAUUACUUUCUAAUACAGCAACUUGAGUGCAAAUUCCUGCUUGAUCAACAUUGAAAUUCCAGCAAGAUCACUGCUAUAACAAGUCCUAGUGGACAGGCUUCCUAAAAAUGUACACUUGGAGUUAGAUAAUGCAUAUAUUUCCCCCCUAUUUUUUUUCUUUCUUACCUUGUAGAGCUACAUCAUAUUUCUCUGUAGCAGGAUGAAGCAAGAACACUGUAUAGAACAGGUGACAGCCGUUGGGUAUUUGUUGGGCAUUAAUUCGGCCAUCUCAGUCAAGACUCAGAAGGAUUUUGGUGCCUAACAUUGGAGGACAGUUCCUGAAAGGCAAGUUGCUUCCUGGGCUGUGUAAAUAUAGGCACAAGCAGCUGGCUCUUAGGUUAGUGUAAAACAAACAGCAGCCAAGAGGAAGCAGAGAGGUUGCCAUUGCUGAGCUGCAGCCAAGGCAUGGGAGCACCACGUGCUGGCGCCUUCUUGUAACACUGAAGACCUCCAUAUACAUUGCAAACACACAGCUGAUCAUUGUUGGCCCCUCCAGCCAGCAGAGCCUACCUGAGUGUAGCGAAGUGCCAUUUUCAGCCCAUACUAGCCCGUGGGACCGCCAGGGCUGUCUGACUGUUCAUCCGUCCAUCCAGCUGUCCGCCCACCGUGGGGCUGGAUGAGCCCGUGCCCUUCUGGCACAUUAGUGGCCGACUGCAUGUUUUUUUUUUUUUUUUUUUUUUUUUUUAGCCUUAAAAUAGCAAGGAACCUACAGCAAACUCGAACUUGUCUUUUAUUGCCGAUAAUAUUUAAAAGCUGAAAUGUAACAGUAUUUCGGUGGUGAAUACGUGGAAGUUGUGUAUACUGCUUAAUGUGUUUCAGAAAUCCCUGUUACUUUUCUUCCUUAAAUACAAGAAAACAGGCGUGUAAUGCCUCAUUGAAAGGAGCCUGUAGGGGUGCUUUGUGAGGGUCUUAAUUAAGGGCUUUGAAAGACUAAACAAAAGGAAAAAGAAAAUGCUACAGGGUUAUUGUUAUUCCAGCCCAUUGGCUCAGCUAGCUGCCCAUCCAUUGGUGCCUUCUGUCCAUUUGGGAACUGAAUGACACUUUUGUUCGUGGUUAACAGAGGUGAAAGAAGCCAAUUAUUGGCUGUCUUUUCCACAUGGCAGCUGCAGACGGAUUUAACUGCAGGCAAAUAUGGACUUUUCUGCCACAAGGAUGGUUGUGAUGACAGUUAGUUUUGUGGAAUUGUAUGAAAGAAAACAGAUUUUUUUUUCCCCCCUCCAGUGACUUGUGUAGAUGUUUAUUGAAAACUACUGUGAAUAUGCUGGCUUGGAGUAGGACUGCCUAAAUGGCUGAGUUCCCUAUGCUAACAGUGUACUCAGGGUGUGUGACAGAGUGGGAUUUUUUUAGUUUUUCUUUUUUUUUUCCUAUUCCUUCAAAAAAAAAAAGUAACUGUAGGGUAUUUUCUUAAUUUUAUUAAUUGGUUUACAGUGUGCAUUAACCCUGUUAUGGCCGUCAGCUCAGACCAUGCUACCCUGCUGUGUGCCAUAGCUGCAGAACAACAUUUGCAGUUAGCGGGAGGACCCACAACUGCAAAAUUCAGGGACCUCAGAAAGCAUCUAUGAGCUGGAAACUUGCAGCUUCUUCUCCCACAUCGCUGGUCCAAAAUGUUAUAGUGGCCUUUCCUACACCCUUGUUUUUACUUUCCCCUAAAAUUUCUUUGUUGGAACCUAUGCUUUUAGUUCAUAUGAGUGAAAAGGUUUGGCUGAUGACAAACUGUGCUUGCUAACUGUGUUGAUCCUGGAGACGUUUGCUCCAGUUUGGGGCAAUUGUAAAAAUUGAUAAAGAAGCCUUGUCUUGUUCAUCCACUGAGGUUUGUUACGUCAAAAUACAUUUCAGCGUGUUGGCUGCUCAGCAGGCCUGCUGGUGAUGUACAGGCCUGCUGCAGGGUGACAGGGGGGGGCCCCUUCUGUAGACACCCAAAGUCUGCAUUUAGGCAUGGUUUAUUAUGACUGUGUGUGUGUAUGUAUUCGUCAUUCUCCGGCUGCUGUCAGGGAAAGGCCCCAGCUCUGCCAAGUUCCUGAAAACAUGAACUGUGUGUGUGAGCAGCGCUCUGAAGUUGUUCGUGCACUGUUGGCAGUGAUGGCUGCACCCACAGAUGUACUGACAGUGAAAGGGGCGACCAGCUGAACCUGUAGCUGAUCCCUGAGUGUCCUGGCAGGCAUUUUGUGUGGCUCUCCUUUGGGUUAGUGUCUUAGGCUCCUUGGGAAGUAAGGGUGGAUGUGAACAACCACUGUAUUUUGCUCUGUGCAGUGGACUUGGCCAUACAUCUCAGAUCAAAAAGAAUGUAGCUGAAACCAGCGUAACUCAACAGGGUGGAAAGCUUUUUACUUGAAUUGGGAAUUACUUGCUUGUUAAAGUGCUGUGCAAUAGCUGACGACUAAGAAUUACCAAACCCUACGUUUUGCAUCUUAGGAAAACUGGGUAGCUCACAUGUAAUCUGCCAGCUCGAGAUGCCUCAGAAAGUGCCAUGUGAAAGCACAUUUAGUUCCAUAAAGGCAGUUCCAGGUGCUGCCAUGAAAUCUAUUUUGACACUAGAAAGCAGCACUGUGUGCUUUUUGUUUUCCCACAGCAUAUAGAUAAUUAUAGAGCUGUACUGCAGAAAAAGGCGCUCUCUUUUUUUUUUUUUUUUUGCCAGAAGUAAUUUUUAAUUGUAUCCAAGUUAUGUAUGUUAUGCAAGUGAAAAAAUUCCCAAACGUUGGCACCGUUGUAUAUAGGUUUGGUCUGGUUGAAAUGUUUAUAUUUUCUGUUCUGUCUUAAUCCUAUCAGUGACUGCGUUCAUACGCUAAUUUUGUUUUGCUUUCUUUGCUUUGGUCUUCUAAAAAUGUCAGGCUUACCCAGAGUUCCGAGGCUCGAGUUGCUUUCUAAACACUGGGUGGGACAGACUAGCAGACCAAAAUAAACCAUCAGAAAAUGAAGAAAAUUCAAAAUACUUAGAGUUACUGAAGUUGACUUUUUUAUGCAGUUGGAUUUGUAGCUGUUCUUGUGCUCUUUCUUAACAGAGCAAAAAAACGAAGCAAAAGCAGAGGACUUUUAUACGUGUAUGUGCGUAUAAGGAUAGUACUGCUUUUCUGUUGGUGAUUUUUAAGUGCUGGGCUUUGUCAGGACAGCUCAGAAACAUCUAUAUCUGUAUCCCCAUCUGCCUCUUGAGAGUUGGUGGUGCCCGGCCGAGGCUGUGGCCAGAGGCUGCCAGCUCCUCCAGCAGAGCUGAGCUGGCACUGUUUGUUGUGGGGCUGUUGCUAGGUGGAGCGAGAUGUGCUGUCCCAGAGUCCAAAGGGGAUGUCAGCAUGAACAACAUCACCAGGCUACCAGAGGAUGCAUUCAAGAACUUUCCCUACUUGGAAGAGCUGCGACUGGCUGGCAAUGACCUUUCUUUUAUCCAUCCGAAGGCCUUGUCUGGGUUGAAAGAACUCAAAGUUCUAACCCUACAGAACAACCAGCUGAAGACUGUACCUAAUGAAGCCAUCAGAGGAUUGAGCGGUUUACAGUCCUUGCGUUUGGAUGCUAACCACAUCACAGCUGUUCCCAAAGACAGCUUUGAGGGGCUGGUGCAGUUGCGUCACCUUUGGUUGGAUGACAACAGUUUAACAGAAGUUCCCAUCCAUCCACUGAGCAACCUCCCCUCCCUGCAGGCGUUGACGCUGGCCCUUAACAAAAUAACACACAUUCCUGACUAUGCGUUCACAAACCUUUCAAGUCUUGUUGUUCUACAUCUUCAUAACAAUAAAAUAAAAACAAUAGGAAAACACUGUUUUGAUGGUUUGGACAACCUUGAAACCUUGGAUUUAAAUUAUAAUAACAUGGUGGAAUUCCCUGAAGCCAUAAAAGCACUCCCAAAUCUAAAAGAGUUGGCAUUUCACAGUAACUAUAUUUCCAUAAUUCCUGAUGGUGCAUUUGCAGGAAACCCCCUUCUAAGAAUGAUACAUUUGUAUGAUAAUCCUUUGUCUUUUGUGGGGAACUCAGCAUUUCAGAAUCUGUCAGAUCUGCAUUCCCUGGUCAUUCGGGGUGCCAGCAUGGUGCAGUGGUUUCCCAAUUUGACUGGAACCGUUAAUCUGGAGAGUUUAACUCUAACGGGGACCAAGAUAAACAGUAUUCCUGUUAACUUAUGCCAAGAGCAAAAGAUGCUACGAACUUUGGACUUGUCUUAUAACAAUAUAAAGGACCUCCCAAGUUUUACAGGCUGCCGCUCCUUGGAAGAAAUUUCCUUACAGCAUAAUCAAAUCCAUGAAAUCACAGAUGAUACCUUUCAAGGACUGUCCUCCCUUCGUAUACUUGACCUCAGUCGAAAUCGAAUCUGUAAGAUCCACAAGGAAGCUUUCACCACCAUUGGAGCUAUUGUUAAUCUAGACCUAAGUUUCAAUGAACUCACCUCAGUUCCAACAGAAGGAUUGAGUGGAUUGAACCAACUUAAACUUGCAGGAAAUUCUGAGCUGAAAGAAGCUUUGGCAGCGCAGAACUUUGCAAAGCUUCGGUCUCUAUCGGUACCAUAUGCUUACCAGUGCUGUGCAUUUUGGGGCUGUGAUUCUUACUUAAACUCAAAUGCUGAAGAUUCUAGUCACCAAGAUCAAGAUGCCAUGGGGGAUCGUGAAAAGACUGAUGCAGAUGGUCUAAGAAAUGAGGAAAAUGCGGAACUGGGUCAGACUAUUAUUCACUGCACACCAGCAAUAGGUGCUUUUAAGCCUUGUGAAUAUUUACUGGGAAGCUGGAUGAUUCGACUUACUGUCUGGUUUAUUUUUUUGGUUGCUUUGUUCUUCAACCUGCUUGUCAUGUUAACAGUAUUUGCAUCUUGUGCUCCAUUGCCAUCUUCCAAACUGUUCAUAGGUCUGAUUUCUGUCUCUAACUUAUUUAUGGGAGUCUAUACUGGUAUUUUAACUUUCUUGGAUGCUAUCUCUUGGGGAAGAUUUGCUGAAUUUGGCAUAUGGUGGGAGACAGGCAGUGGUUGCAGAGUCGCUGGCUUUCUUGCAGUAUUUUCAUCAGAAAGUGCCAUUUUUUUCCUGAUGUUGGCGGCUGUUGAACGGAGCUUCUCUGCAAAGGAAAUCAUUAAAAAGGGGAAAAGCAAUCACCAAAAACAGUUUCAAAUCGCAGCAGUUCUUGCUUUCCUGUGUGCUGUGGUAGCAGGAUGCUUACCACUUUUCCAUAAAGCAGAGUAUUCGGCAUCACCCCUUUGCUUGCCCUUCCCCACUGGAGAGACUCCUUCCCUGGGCUUCACAGUAACUUUAGUGCUUCUGAAUUCAUUGGCAUUUUUGCUGAUGGCUAUUAUCUACACUAAACUUUACUGCAACUUGGAAAAAGAGGACCUCUCAGAAAACUCACAGUCCUGCAUGAUUAAGCAUGUCGCGUGGCUAAUCUUCACAAACUGCAUCUUUUUCUGCCCUGUUGCAUUUUUCUCGUUUGCACCGUUGAUCACUGCGAUUUCUAUCAGCCCUGAGAUCAUGAAGUCUGUUACCUUGAUAUUUUUUCCAUUACCCGCGUGCCUGAACCCGGUCCUGUACGUCUUCUUCAACCCAAAGUUCAAGGAGGACUGGAAGUUGCUCAGGCGCCAGGUGACAAGGAAGAAUGGAGUGGUAGCCAUCUCCAUCAGUGCUCAAGGGGGAUGUGCAACGCAGGACUUUUACUAUGACUGUGGCAUGUACACACACCUGCAGGGUAACGUCGCCAUGUGCGAGUGCUGUGAAUCGCUCCUCCUGUCCAAGCCUGUGCCAUGCAAACACUUGAUCAAAUCCCACAGCUGCCCCACACUGGCAGUGGUGCCUUGCCAAAGGCCGGAUGGCUACUGGUCAGACUGCGGCACCCAGUCAGCCCACUCCGACUAUGCAGACGAAGAUGACUCCUUCGUGUCGGACAGCUCAGACCAAGUGCAGGCCUGUGGCCGGGCCUGCUUCUACCAAAGCCGAGGCUUCCCUCUGGUUCGCUAUGCCUACAACAUCAACAUACCAAGAAUUAAAGACUGAGAGGCUCAACUGCUGACUCUCCUAACAAGGAGGUACCACACUUCACAGACCAUUGCCUCUUUCAGCCUUUCCGAGCAGGAAGCACUUUUGUAAUCAUUGUUUAGUGUCAUUUCUAAAAGAAGGGAAGUGGGCAGUCAUUUCUUGAGCCAUACAUUUAAAAAGAAUUAAACAAAUAAAUAAAUUGCCCUGACUGUAAAUAAUUGGUCAACCAAAUUUGUUACCCAGUAUUUUUACUCUGUCUGAGCAAUAACGAUUCCUUUUAUACCAUUUUUACAUGCUGAUGGUCUGUUUCCAUGUUGUAGUCCAGUUGUGUUUUACUUCUGCUGUUGGUGAGGUAAGUUCUGAUUAUUUUAUUUUUCCUGCCAAAGCACAAUAUAAAGGACAGCUGUUAAUAUUAAAGAAAUUAUUUUUAAAUGUGACUUUUCUAUAAUUAAGCAACAACUCUCUUGCUAGCUUUAUAUAGUGUAUUCAGCAUUGAAUCUCAGGAUGAAUUUUACUGCAGGGCCAAAAAAGGGAUUAGUUCUCCCAUGCAUAACUGUGAGAGCAAUAUGGGAAUACUGUUUUUGUUUUGUAUUUCAAGCCAGCAUUCAGAAUUUUUCUUUUUAAAAAAGAUUGUUGUAAUAAAAACACUUGUAAUCACAAUAUCUGCAGAUGAUGCAAUAAGAAUAUUAACAGCUGUCAGGAGUAAUAGGGCUGAAGAUGUUUUUCAGUGACGAUGAAUUACUUCAGGUGAACCACAGCCAUCUUCUUCAGUAUUACGCAGUAGGGUCACGUUGUUGGAAGGAACUUGGAUGCAUCAGGCAGUGUGUUAGCAGUGCUGCCGACAUACACAGCUCAUGGGUUGGUAGAAAAAGACUGGCUAAUUCUCUGCAGCCUGUUGAGUGCUAGUGCUUACCAGUAUUGUCUGUGAGCAGUUUUAGAUUUUAGUAAUCGGGGAGGAAACAGAAAGUAAUUUUUGCAAUAGAAGAAAAGCAUUUUUGCCAUUAUUAUUUUUUUUUUUUAGUGAGUGUGAAGUACACUGUGCAAAGUUGCUGAUUUUCACGCAAGUCAGUGCAUCAUUUUUAAACCAUUUAUGUCCUGAGAUCCAAAUGAUUUAAGUGAUCUCAAUAUAUCUACAUUUAGUUUGAAAUCUUUAUAUCUGAUAGUUAUAAAAUUAUGAAUGCACAAUUAAGUAAUUAUGUUGUUUGAAUAAUAUAAUAAAUCAAGGGUGAAUUCACUGCCAUCCCAGUCACUCUGGAAACAUUCUUCUUAAGAUUUAAAGCUAGAUUGCAGUUUUGAGAAUUAACCUGUAUAUACUGUUUAUACAAUGAAUUUUUAUCUUUGUACUGUAAAUUAUUUGAUAGAACACAUGAUGGGAAAUGUGGCUUCACUUCAUUUUGUUAAUUAAAGCUACCUCCUAAACAAUAGUGGCUGCCAGUAGCAGAAUGUUUAAAAUGUGGUUUAUAUACUUUUUGCAUUGUAAAUAGACAUGGUUGUAUAUUGUCACUGUAAUAAAAACAGAAUCCUUGUAUAUCAAAAUCAUGUAGUUUGUACAAAAUAUGGGAGGAUUAUUUACUGUAUGCUGUUAAUUUUGUAAGCCAAAAUAUUCACGUGUAAAAACAGAAGAAAACCAAUCCAGAGCUGUUAGUUCUUAUAUUUAUACUCAUGAAUAUAACAUCUGCAGUUAGCAUGGAAUGUUACACUGAAAGCAAAUAAAGGGUACAUGAACACUGA